AGAAAAACGGCCUUUGUGUUUGUUGACUUGUUUGUGGGUAACUUGCCACGAGUUUCAACUUCCUCCAUUUACUGCGGUAAAGUGAAGCAGUAUGAGAAUCGCUUGACCGUUUCUUCACAGCUUCGUAAUCUGGCAAAAUGCUGGUCACAAUUUCCACUCUUCUGAAUUUGAUCAUCUUCUUCCUCCCACACUGUUUGAGUGGAGACACCGCAGUUCAUGUUCCAGUGAAGCCCGAGCCAGCAGUGCUCAGCGUGAGCGCGGAGGGAGUGACCGAACAGGGGUCCAUCAGUGUCAGCUGCAUAGCUCCGUCCACAGCGCGAGUGGUCAGCUGGAGGCUGUACAGCGACACGCAGCACAGCCCCCUGAGAAACGAUACACGGGGAGGGGGGCGAGUCCGGUUCACGGUGACCGGGAGGGAACUCCUCCAGGGAGCGACGCUGUUCCGGCUGUACACUAUAGCGAGGGUGAGCUGCGACUACACAGAGAUGGAAACGCUCGCUGUCUCACAGCGUAGCGACAGCGCUGCUGUCAAAGUGUACGGCCAGCUACCAGAACCCAAGAUGCGAGCGACACCUACAGUCAUAAGAGAGAGUGACUCAGUGCAGCUGCGCUGUGAGGGGCCUGGGUCUCCCUCUGACUCUCAGUGCAAUUUCUACAUCGGUGCGAAAGAGCUGCCUUCUUCAACAUGUCAGCGUUCGGUUACUGGGGUCGAGCUGCUCAAGGAGCAAAGUCCCAGCACAUACACCGAGGUUCAAGUUAAAUGUCAGUACACAGUCAACAUAGGAUAUAACAUCAAUUCCCCGUACAGUGGUUCUGUUACAGUAACACUGCUGGACCUGACAAAACCCAAUAUCUCAGUCUCCACUCACCGCACUGAAACACAGAUUCGCUGUGAAGCCCCUUCACCCAUCACUGGAGCUGUCUUUCAACUGUAUAACAGGGGUGUAAAUGCCUCUAAAGAGAAUCAGGCUGGACCAGGAGAGAGAGCUGUCACCUUCACUGUCCCUGACGACCCCAACCUGAGAUACUGCUGUAGCUAUCAGUAUAGAAGAUUCAAGUCUGCAUUGAGUGACUGUGUUGGACCUAAGAGGCAUCCAGAGACUGGCUGGUUUCCCACAGUGGGAGUGGUUUCUGCAGUGUGUGUGGUUUUGCUGGGCGUGACAGCUGUCUGUCUGUAUUGGAGAUGCAAAAAAUGUGGAUCCAACAGCCUUUGACUGAUGUGACUUCCUCCACAGUCUGAAGACAAGGCGAGAGCAGAUUAACACACACACACUCACACACUUACACUUAUUUACUCAGUCCUUCUGUACUUCAGAUGCCUUUUCUGUUGUGAUGGUUACCAGAUUAUGGUUACCAGAUGUUUUUCACCAAUACCAGGUUAAAUCAUUAGAUAUUUUGUUUGUAUUUUGCUUAUUCGGUAUUUGUUCAUGCCAUUUGAAGAAUAAAACAUCAGGUUAGAGAGGGGAGGUAGCUGCGGUAAUUAUAAAUUUCCUUACUAUGGACAAUAAAGAAACAUUUUUCUA